AUGCACCAGAAAGUUGGCGAGAAGAAAACUGAAAUUAAAUUUGACUGCAUAUCUGGAAGUGACGGUGGCUACUUCUUAACGAAAAGCGAAGUCCCGGAAUCGUACAAAUCGUUGUAUAAGAAAAUGAGGUAAGUGCUUCAAUAGAUAUCAAUGAGAUUUCGCCCAUGGAGAUUAUUUCGUUAUAACCUCACUGUAAAUUAUGUAUAAAUCUUGCACCUAUGGUGUCUCAUGACAACAUUUUGAAUACAAUUUCCCAAACUUAAAGUUGCUAGAAAGAAUAUGUGUUCAAUGUUGUAAUGAAGUUAAUUUAAUUUGAAUAAACCCAAUAUUUUGUCCCGAUUUGUGCAGUUAAGAUGGAAAUGAUGAUCUAGUUUCUAAACUCUCUCAAAUCUUGUAUUAUAGAGCGUUAUACAACCUCGAAGAAUUCACCUGCCUCAAGUUUGACAAAAUUGACAGCUUCCUAACAAUUUUCACGUAUUCAUGUAAGUAGAGCUAUAAUAGAUAUUUAAAGUUCCCCCUUUCCACAAUUACGUCACAUUGUGUGAAAACGAAGCUCCAAGGUAAUCCAUUGCAAUUUUUGGCGCUUUUAUAUUUUUAAUGAAGACGACGGCUGAAACUUUUUAAUUUUUGAAAAGAUUCUACCUUUUAGGUUUAUUGUAGUGCAUUUUCUAUUUUCUCUAUAUAACAUUGAAUUCUACAACAUUGUUGGCUGCCCCCUGCUUAAAAAUUGGGCAAACAUGCAUGGCAGACAUUCAGGACAUUCUUGGGCGUCAGUUUCAGUCUCCUAACGCGCGCGGUCAUCUAAAUUUAUGUGUAUAAAAUUCGAAUAAAUCCACAUGAAAAGUUGAAUGCUGCAUAGUGUUUUGUUUUGGGUCAAUUUUUAAUUUUAACUGGUAAAUUUUUUCAUUUAAAAGACGCGAAAUUUGACUUGAUGGAAAGCAAAAUUGCGCCUGUUUGUUGUUCUUGGUAAUGACACAGAAAAUCAUCACUGAGUUGACAAACAAAACAGAAAUAUUGUCCUCUGUCAACAUGUGGUUCAGUCUUAUUAAAUUAGCAACUUAAGUUAAACAAUUUGAGUUAAGAAGAUUAUUAUAAAUAUAAAAAUACAAAGCAAUACGAAAUUUCUUUGUCAUUUUGCGCACGGAAUGAAAAUCCUUUUUACUGCGCUAUUCUGAAACUGCAGUUGAAAAGCAGCCCUGUUCCGGGAAAACAGACCACAGAUGAACUCAUUAAUGGUGUAAAAACCAUUACAGAAACAAGAAAAAACAACCAAACAACAAUAAAUUUUCAAUGAAAACUACAGAUUUACCCAAAAACAAUAGUGAAAAAUACAGAUUUACUACAGUGGACAGAUCGAGAAAAUGAAGGAAAUCAGGUUCAUAUGAAAUAAAUUAAGGUUAUUUCCUUUCUUUUUUUUUUGUAAAUUAAGUAAAGCAGAACCCAAGAAUUAAUCGUAAAUCAUUCACUUACCGCCAAAAAAUAUAACAAUACCUAACGGCGCGUGUCAGGGGAUAGAGACUAGGUCCCAAAGAAUGGCUUCAAAUUCCGAAAUUUUGGCUUCAUUUUUGAUUAUGCGAUUGAUUGAAGUCAGCCUUCCAUCGAUAUACAGUUCAGUUAAUUUAAAUUACCGGUAUAAUGUAAUCGCUAAUUCAAAGUUAUCGCUAGUCGUCUUCACGAAUAAAUAUAACGACAAUGCAAAAUAUGAGUUGGGUGGGAGCCUCGUUUCAACGAAUUAUGAUGUAAUUAUAUAGAUAGGUUGUGUACACUGUAGACAGAUCAACAAAAAGUAAAAAUGGAGGGAUUUACUGACUCACCAUAAAGAAUUUCGAAUCUAAAUGAAUGUUCCAGUUUAAUUAAUGGUAUGUCAAAUCAUAAGCCAUUUCAAUUUCAUAAAAACAUCAGUUAUGUACUGUUUAAUAAACGAGCGGGGGUGUUUUAUUAGGUUUAAAUUAAAGCCACGAGCGCGCAGCUCGAGUGGCUUUAGACCUAAUAAAUCACGACCUGCCAGUUUAUUAAAGUAACGGCUUCAAACAUGACUACAAAUUCCUUAGAUAUAUUGACUUAUUAGUAUUCUUUAUAUAAAGAAUACUAAUGAGGAGACGACUACAAUAAAUACUGCCUUAUUAGUAUUCUUCAUAUAAAGAAUACUAAUUAGGAGUGUUUUAUCAGGUUUAAAGCCACUGCACGUGACAUAUUAUGGUUGACAAGAUUUGCCAAUUAGCUUAUGAAUUAUUAAUGAGUGUUCAAAAUGUUGACAUUGUUAUAUUGUGUUUUUUGUACUUAAUAUUCGUCAGACAAGUCGUUGACUCUAUAGUAUUGGUAUUUGCUGGAUUUGUUGCAACCUCGCAUUUAACCUGCGAUCAGGCAUUUUGGGAGGUAAUUAACGCCUGACACAAACGCUUAUUCAGUGGUUUACCGCCCAUCACCACACUUUAUUCGAAUUUAGCCAAUCAAAAUGCGCUGGAAGUAAAAAUAAUCGCGUACAUUUCGAGGGAAAAGCCAUGGAAUUUGGGAAAUCAAAGUUAGCAAAACUAGUAACUUUGUUUGACCAAAAUAUCGAAAUUCGAAAUUUCAGUUUACAUUUUUCCUAAUAAAUAUAAUUAGUUAUACCAUUCGGAUCCAGGGUUUUAUUACUGUAACUGCAUGCAAUCCUUAAAAUUAAAAAACAUUUUAAUUGGCACAUCAAAUAUGUUGUAGGAUAAUAUACACGUAUGAAAACGACGUCAAUUUCAAUUCAAAUAGUUGGAACGAGCAGAUUUUAAUAUUUUAAUACAAGUGAAACAAACAGUAAUGAAUAUCAUCAAAUAGACUAUUAUCUUACGAUGUUCUAAUUUAAUUAACAGUUAAAGAAAAACCAAGCAGCGAAAAUCCUGAUGAGGUGUGUUCGGGAAUGGAGAAAGAAGACAAGUUUAACGCCAUUGGUUUCUCGCCAGCUGAUCAGUUUACGAAGCCAAAAAAACAUUCUCACUAA